UUGCCCGCAUCCUGCACGCACUGGGACAAGGGCUCGAAGGUCUACCACGUGGACUCCCCAGAUCGACUUUAUGAAAACUAGAGGGGGACUCAUGAACAAUUUGCGGACUUCGAUGUUCGUCGUCUCGAGAGCGCCAGCGCAACUGGGCUUCCACCCCUUCCCCAUGAUAUCGGUGUCUCAUUCCUAGGCCGGCUAGAUGGAUGUUCUGUGGUGUAAAUUGGAUGUCUUGGCGUUGAUAUAUACUGCGCGUCACUGUCAUAUCCUCUUUCGCUCAUCAAACUACCUCCUAGAUCAAACGCAGAGGGUACUGCAUGGUGUUUCGAUGAACAAUACAGAAAUGGUAUCUUUGGGGCUCGAUCCAACCGUUUGGGCCGUCUAUACAAGUUUCUGGGGUCUCGAGAGAAUCGUCGGCGGACCCUACCCGAUAAACCACCUGAAGAACUGCUUAGACGCACGCUUUGGUUUUGUUCGUCUACUGACGAAGAUAUGCCUAUUUCGGUCAGAAGGUUCACCUAAGACCGAGUGGGGAUAUAUCUCAUCAUCACCUUCACUGUGUUCAUGGUUGGGAGGAGACGAAUCUAUUCGUCCCAGCUGGUACGCUAUAUCGGACGAUUCUGAGGCUUUCCGAUAUCUCCAAAGUCGAGGACAGAAGAAGAACCUCAUUGAGCUGUUCAAGGGGGUAUACCAUUGAUGGAGAUUUGGGUGUCAUAAGAGCGAGGAUAACGGUCAGGGUAGCUGAAAGCACUUCUAUCGAGAGCCCGGGGCAGGGGCAUGGUGAAUGCAUCCUAUCGAGGCAGGAACGCUGUCAAUUCACGACAAACGAAUGAGGCAGGCGCGACCAUCCGCCGUACU